AUGACUGUGAACUCUGUGGACGGCGGUACGCGCGAGUCGUCGACCUUCGAUACCAACGACGGGGUCAAAACGCACCAGGAGGAGAUGGAUUCUCAACAGGACAAUAGCUGGAGCGCAAUCCAAGACCGGGAGUACCAGGCAGCGUCAUCCAAUACCGCAUCGUCGCCAAACGCAGCGAAGAAGAAGAAGGGCCGCACCGGCUACUGGAAGGAAAAGAAGGCAGCAAAGAAAUUGGCCCAGGCCGCAGUCGAUGGCGAUUUGAACGACAACGGUGGCGUCCCGACUUCAGUGUCCGCCGACAAAGAUACGAUACAGCUUGAUAUUGAGAAUGUUGACCCUAAUGCCACCGUUGAGCAGGACGCCCCGAUGCCAGGCUCCGACGCAUCCACCAAACCCAAGGCAAAAUCUAAGGAUCGGAAGAAAACCAAGAGUGCUCCCUCAACCGCUCCGCUACAAGAUAUAUGGCCAUCUCCACCGGCUCGAGAUGAUGGAUUUGUAGAUGACGGAUGGGGUAACGGCACGCAAACGGGCUGGUAUCACCGAGACGAAUCCCUUCCUCGAGAAGAGACCAAACCUAAGAAGAUAAAGCCAAAGAAGAAGGCUGUGAAGGCAAAGGUAGCAGAUGAAUCAGCAGUUCAAAUAGGUAACUCUGAACCGCUUAACUCGAAGGCCGGUAACGUCGGUGCUAGUGUGAAUGGGGAAGACCCAGUUGAAGACGGAGCAGCUUCUGCAGGUAAACCGACAGUGCCGAAGAAAACUGCAAAAAAGAAGAAAGCCAAGGCAGACAAACACACCGCUCAAGAGCAGGAGGCCCCGAGCAUGCUUGACGGUGUUCAAGUGGAUGAAACUACCGGAAACGAAACCCAGCCUCCGACAUCAACUGCGGCUGGCUCCAACGACAGUACUAACGGGCCUGCACCAGUUGAAGCAAAUGGAGUACUCCACACCCUCAAGCAAGUUUUCAAUGGAGUCAACAGCAACACCGAUACACCUACGCCUGAUGCGUCCAACACCAAAGACUCAAAGUCAAAGAAAGUGAAGAUCCAAGUGGAUCUGGAUGUUGAGCUUGCGUCGGUCUUGAAGGCAAAGGUCAAGGGGGAGAUGAUGAUUACUUUUAUGUGA